AUGGAAGAGCAUUCGGAUGCAACUUCUCAAAAUAGCCUAGUCCCGAUUGAAGCAAGGCCGAAAACCCCAUCGCAGCCUUGUCACCUGAACCCUCAUGAUAUAUUUUACACUACUCGGGCUACUCAGGCGAACGCAGCCAGAUAUCUAGACGACAUGGCUGGACGACGAGAUUUCCUGAACCAACCCGCGCCCGAGAAUUAUGUUGCGGGUCUCGGUCGUGGUGCGACUGGAUUCACGACACGCUCUGAUCUUGGUCCCGCGCGCGAAGGCCCAAGUGAAGACCAGAUCAAAGAAGCCCUCGCAAAGCGCGCCGCACAGCUUGGAGCAGCGGCACCUACAGCCUACGGAGCCCCCGAGAAGAAAGAAGAAGACGAGGGCGACGAUGAGCGAUUUCAAGAUCCAGAGAACGAGGUCGGACUGUUCGCUGGCGGGGCAUAUGACAAGGACGAUGACGAGGCGGAUAGAAUUUACCAGGAGGUAGAUGAGAAGAUGGAUAGGCGGCGCAAGGCAAGAAGGGAAGCACGCGAGAAAGCCGAACAAGAAGAAUACGAGCGGAAUAACCCUAAAAUUCAACAACAGUUCGCGGAUUUGAAACGAGCGCUUGGAACGGUUAGCGAUGAAGACUGGGCGAAUCUACCGGAGGUUGGAGACUUGACUGGCAAAAAUCGAAGGAAUAAGCAGGCGCUGAGACAAAGGUUCUAUGCGGUGCCUGAUAGCGUCAUUGCUGGAGCUAGAGACUCGAGCGAGCUGGGUACAACGGUGGCUGAAGAUGGCGGUUCCGGUGGGGUGGAUGGAACAGACGGAACCAUGACGAACUUCGCAGAUAUUGGUGCAGCUAGAGACAAGGUCCUGAAGGUCAGGCUGGAUCAAGCUUCGCAAGGAAGUGGAACCGACUCCGUCGCUGGAAGCGCAACCAGUAUUGAUCCCAAAGGUUACCUCACCAGUCUGGCCAAAUCGCAAGUCAACGAGGGUGAAGCACAAGUGGGUGAUGUCAAGCGUGUACGGGUUUUACUGGAGUCGGUCAUUAAAACGAAUCCGAAGCAUGCGCCAGGUUGGAUCGCUGCUGCACGAUUGGAAGAGUUGGCAGGCAAGACGGUUGCGGCUCGUAAUAUUAUUGCGCGAGGUUGCGAAUUCUGCCCCAAAAGCGAAGAUGCUUGGUUGGAAAACAUACGCCUGAACGACAACCACAAUGCCAAAAUCAUUGCAUCAAAUGCUAUUCAGAAGAACGACAGGUCCGUACGGUUAUGGGUUGAGGCUAUGAAACUCGAGUCCGAGUCCAGAGCAAAGAAAACAGUUAUCAGGAAGGCAUUAGAUCAUAUUCCGCAAUCUGUCAUGUUGUGGAAAGAGGCCGUGAACCUCGAAGAAGAUCCUGCUGAUGCCCGACUUCUCCUGGCCAAGGCAACUGAGAUUAUUCCUCUUUCCGUUGAGCUAUGGUUAGCCCUGGCACGAUUAGAAUCCUCGGAGAACGCGCAAAAGGUUCUGAACAAAGCCCGAAAAGCUAUCCCGACUUCCCAUGAAAUUUGGAUCGCAGCUGCGCGACUUCAGGAGCAGAUAGGCAAUGCUGCGAAGGUCAAUGUAAUGAAGCGUGCGGUCCAAGCACUGGCAAAAGAAUCUGCUAUGCUGAAACGAGAGGAGUGGAUCACUGAGGCCGAGAAGUGUGAAGAAGAGGGUGCUGUGCUGACUUGCGGCAACGUCAUUCGGGAAACUCUCGGAUGGGGCCUUGAUGAGGACGAUGACCGCAAGGAGAUCUGGAUGGAAGAUGCAAAGUCAAGUAUUGGCCGGGGGAAUUACGAAACAGCUCGUGCAAUUUAUGCCUACGCGUUACGAGUUUUUGUCAAUAGCAGAAAGCUUUGGCUGGCGGCUGCAGAUUUGGAAAAGAAUCACGGUACGAAAGAAGCAUUAUGGCAGCUUCUCGAGAAGGCAGUAGAGGCUUGUCCGCAGAGCGAGGUAUUGUGGAUGAUGCUUGCUAAGGAAAAGUGGCAAGCUGGAGAAAUUGAUAACGCUAGACGAGUUCUGGGCAGAGCUUUCAACCAAAAUCCAAACAACGAAGACAUUUGGUUAGCUGCAGUGAAGCUUGAGGCAGAGAAUCAGCAACCAGACCAAGCUCGAGAAUUGUUGAAGACUGCCCGACAAGAAGCACCAACAGACCGUGUAUGGAUGAAGAGUGUAUCUUUCGAGCGCCAAGCGGGCAAUGUCGAGGCUGCGUUAGAUCUUGUCAACCAAGCGUUGCAGCUCUUCCCAGCUGCCGCAAAGUUAUGGAUGAUGAAGGGUCAAAUAUACGAGGGCGAAGGGAAAUUGCCUCAAGCUCGUGAAGCAUAUAGCACCGGUACGAAAGCAUGCCCGCGAUCAGUUCCUCUCUGGCUUCUGUAUUCUCGACUCGAAGAAAGGACUGGAGCUGUUGUCAAAGCACGCAGUGUACUCGACCGGGCAAGGCUGGCUGUUCCGAAAUCGCCAGAACUCUGGACAGAAUCCGUUCGCAUCGAGCGCCGAGCCAAUAAUACCAGUCAAGCAAAGGUACUCAUGGCGAAAGCCCUUCAAGAAGUACCCAACAGUGGUCUCCUAUACACAGAAUCAAUCUGGCAUCUCGAGCCAAGAACACAAAGAAAACCUCGAGCAUUAGAAGCCAUCAAGAAAGUUGAUAACGAUCCCAUUCUCUUCGUUACGAUUGCGAGGAUCUUCUGGGGCGAGAGAAGACUGGAGAAGGCACAGAAUUGGUUCGAGAAGGCUAUUCUCCUCGACAGUGACCUUGGUGACACGUGGGCUUGGUACUACAAGUUUCUGCUACAGCAUGGCACGGAAGACAAACGAGCAGAUGUGAUAUCAAAAGCUAUCUUGAAUGAACCGAGACACGGAGAGUUCUGGCAGGGAGUUGCGAAGGACCCGAAGAAUGCUGGGAAGGGCACUGAGGAUAUAUUAAAGAUUGUGGUUGGGUUACUGGAGUAA